AUGUCUGACACCACUGCCACUAAACCUGACUGGAUGAAGACUCUCGAGACGGAGGGGUAUGUUGUCGUCCCUAAUGUGAUCCCCGAAGAAGCAUGCAAGCAGUUCCAGGAAGAGGCCCUUGCCUGGCUGGAGAAGUUCCCACAUGGCUUCAAGAGGAAUGAUCGGUCUACCUGGAAUGGCUGGAACCUUCCAUUCGCCGCCAAGGGGGGCUUGUACAACCGAUAUGCCGUAAACCACGAGCAAUUUGUCUGGGCCAUUCGAACGCAACCAGGCAUCCGCCGCCUUUUCGAGCAGCUCUGGAGCACCGAUGAUCUCAUCUCCAGUUUUGAUGGAAUGAAUUGUUCCUUCCCUAUCAAUGAGAAGUACGGUCGAACUGACCUGAAGAUUACUGCCGCUUGGCCCCACAUUGAUCAGGAUCCUCGUGAAGUUGAUCAUUUCGAGCUAUACCAGGGCAUUGCCCAGUUAGGUCCCAGUGGACCCGACGACGGCGGUCUCUGUGUCCUAAGCAAGUCCCACUUGCUUCACGAGGAGUACUUUCGAGAAACUGGUGGCUGGAAGGAGGACCAGGACGCCGGAGUCGGCAAUAACAACUACCGUUUCUUCAAACAGGGAAAAGAAGGCGACGGUGAGCUCGACUGGUACAAGGCCAGGGGGUGCAAAUCCAUCAAAGUCGAGGCUAAUGCUGGCGACUUCAUCUUAUGGGAUUCGAGGACUAUUCACUGGAACGCUUCCCCUGUUGGGAAGGAGACGCGGUUCAGCGCAUACGUGUGCAUGUGCCCUCGCACACUGAUGUCAGAGGCUGAGCUAGCUAAGAAGAUCCAGCUCUACAAGGAUCGCAAGGGCACAACUCACUGGCCGUGCAAAAAUGUUGUCCCUGUUGAACGGCUGGCAUAUCAUGACGCGUUCCCAAGACGUCCGGAUGACUCGGUCGACCCUGCCAACCGAGAUCGUCCUUUUGUGGAGCCUACUGAGACUCCUGAACUUCUAAAACUUGUCGGAAUACGAGCUUAG